AUGGAUGUGGACAUAGUGAAAACUUCGGCGAGUGACACCAGCAAUAUGGACAUGAUGGCAAUGAUGAUGCAAAUGGAAAAGUUCCCUGAAUUCUGUGAACCUUUUUAUUCCACCACUCCCACUUACCAAGAAAACGAGUUAUUAUUAUCGAGUGGAACCGUUUCCACCCUAUUCAACGUUAACCCAAAUGUAGCUCCACCGACAUUGAUGGAUGCACCACCGUCAAAUGUUAUCAACAACAGCAACAACCUUAUCCAACAGCCUAUGACACCACCUUUUCAAGUUCAACCACAGCCCAACACUUCAUUCUCAUCCUAUCCAUCAUCAUCAUCGGAUAGAAGAAACUCUAUGGCGGCGAUGAGGGAAAUGAUAUUCCGAAUUGCAGUGAUGCAACCGAUUCAUAUAGACCCUGAGUCUAUAAAGCCACCAAAGCGAAGGAAUGUGAAGAUUUCCAAGGAUCCGCAGAGUGUAGCAGCGAGGCACAGAAGGGAAAGGAUAAGCGAGAGGAUAAGGAUUUUGCAGAGAUUAGUUCCUGGUGGCACCAAAAUGGACACUGCUUCGAUGUUGGAUGAAGCUAUACACUACGUUAAGUUCUUGAAGAAACAGGUGCAGACACUGGAACAAGCAGGGGCAAAUAGACCUCAAAAUUCCGUUGGUUGUGUUGGUUUUCCUGGGGGGAUGUCUAACUCCAAUGUUAAUUAUUCUGGGCUGUUGAUGAAGGGUUGCCAACCUUAUCCAGUGUUGGGUUCUGCUUCUAAACAAUUGCUCAGCUGA